AAGAAUUCUCAGAGAGAGAGAAUCAAUGGGUUUGAUAUCAGCGAAGGAGACGAAGAACAACACUAGAGGAAUGGGUUUGCUCCUAGUCUUCUUCCCCGACCACCACAACAACGACGACUCUCCUUCUUCUUCUUCUCCGGCAACAACUCUCCUCCGGUCCAGAUCUUCUCGUCUUCUCCUCUCCAAAGCUCAAUCCACAAUCUCAAUCUGUAUCCUCCUCCUCUUCCUCACUCUCUUCCUCUUCACUCUCUCCACCUUCGAACCUUCCUCUGGCUUUCCCGCCGUUUCUUCUCGUCCUCACCGUCGAUUUCUCCUCAAUCGCGACAUCUCCGGCUCUGAAUCUCGUCGUCGUUAUAACCGAUUCGCUCUCCAAGGGAUGGGUACUCUGUUUCUCAGAGGAACCAAGAGCAUGCACGAUUUGAUUGUUGCUCAUGUAGCUUCCGAUACGACGGAAGACGAUCUCCGUCUCUUCAUGCGGUUGCUUCACCGCUCCGGAGUCACUUCCAAAUCCGACGUCGUCCUACUCUUCAAUUCUCCUUCUUCCGGUUCGAGAUUCACCGAAUUGAUCGAAGAAGAGAACGACUCCUUCUUAAAACUCGUCGAUGUUCAUCGGAAUUCGAAUUCGUCGAAUCAAAUCGACUCCGUUUGGGGAUUCAAUCUGGCGAAAUUCAUGAAGAAGCAAUCGAGUAAGAAGGAGACAUCAUCGUCCGAGCCAAUUUGGGGGAAGAAGACUCAUCGAGCGAAUAAUUUCAACGAUUCGUCGUCAUUGAACAACACGACCGAGUCAACCGAGUUGUUGACUCAUGGGUCAGUAGUGGGUUUCGACGUGACUGAGUUGGAUCCUGAAAACUCGCUAUCUGGGUUCAUGGAUCACGUUCCGAUAAGCUUGAGAAGAUGGGCGUGUUACCCAAUGCUGCUAGGUCGAGUAAGACGCAAUUUCAAACACGUUAUGCUCGUGGACGCUAAAACCUCCUUGUUUCUCGGUGAUCCGUUAACCCGGAUUCGUAACCGGAGCCCCGAGUCAGUCCUCUUCUUCUCUAAACACAGUAGUAGCAAGAAAAGCUCCGAGGUUAAUCCGGCGAUUUUGAUCGGUGGAGCUAAAGGAAUCAGGAGAUUAUCGAGCUCAAUGCACACUGAGAUUGUGAGAGCGACGAUGCAGCAGCAUAAGAAGAAGAACUCGGUUACGGAAUCGGUUGUGUUGAGUCAACUCGUUGGGAAUGUGCACAUGACGAAGAAUUUUGAGGUGGUUACGAGUGAGUCGGUGGUACCGGAAGCGAGUUCACUGGCUGAGUUGAGGACGAGAAACUCGGCGGCUUCGUCGAUAAAGAAUCAUGAUAUAAUACAAAGAGGUGGUGGUUUCAUUUGCCUUUUGGAGGGUGGACCCUCUAGCUUAGACAGAGUUCGUGCAGAGACUGAUAUGGCUGCUGCUGACCUGUCUCGUUCAAAACGACGUCGUCGUUCAACAUUGCCCAUCUCAACAAUUCACACGUAAAUUCCAAAGAAUUGUUUUUAUGGUCGAUUCUUUAGAUCAAUGUCAUCAUAGUAACGACGAUUAUAAACUUUUGAAAAACUAAUGUUUUGAAGUUAUAAGAAAAUCGAUUUUAGAUAAACACAUGUAAGUUAAAUGGUUUUUGUUAGUGUUAUCAGAAUAUCAGUCGGGUUCUGACAGUUCAAUAAACAUAAGUGUGUUUA